UUAUUGAAAAAAUAAAACCACUUCUGGCUUCUCUUCUCUUUCACAAUCACUGAAAAAUUACCUCCAAAAUUAGAGGGAGAAAAAAAACCAGCAACCAUUGGAUCUACCAUCAAUCUCGAAGGACGAAGACGAAGGCCGAGGGCUCAAAGACCCAAGGGCUUAUCUCGAUAAAUUAUCAAUUAUGGUGACGUAUGCGGUAAUUUUCACAAGUAGUUGAUGCACUUGGAUGGGCACUGGACAUCAAAAGGAUGUCAUUGAAGCUUGCUCAGGGUUUCUCCUUCUUUAGAGGCGGGUUGUUCGAGGAGAAGAAGGCUGAUGCUGCUCCAAAACGUGAUGUUUCUCCUUCGUUUAAGAUUCAGACGGACAAAGAGGUUUAUAGGCCUGGGGAUCCUGUUGAUGUGACGAUAGAGAUCGGUAAUCCGAGGAGUGAAGGGCAACUGGAAAAUGGGAUCUGUUCUUUUCUGGUUGAUAGCCUUUCCUUUGAAGUUAAAGGCAUUGAGAAGUUGGAUCCUCAGUGGUUUGCUACACAAAAGCCAUUGCCGGGAUCAAAACAACGGAGAGGGGAGCAUUUAUUUUUACAUUGUACAACGCCGUCUAUAAUUUCAAAGGUGAUAGUUUCUUCUGGGUGUACCAAAACAUAUAUAGUGCGAGGAGAGCUGCCAGAGAUUUUACCGCCAUCUUACAAGGGUACCAGCAUUCGCUAUAUCUAUUAUAUUACAAGUACAUUGUGUGGACGAUGGCUUGUAUUGGAGAACGGUCAUAGCGAUAAGGGGUGUUUAGAUGAUUUCAUUCAGCUGGAAGCCCGAGUACCACUGCGAAUAUGGGUCAUGCAAAAAGACAGCAACUUGCUAAAUGAAGGGAGUUUGGCUGCUACCAAUGCCCAAAUGGAUAUAUUUUGGAAAGAGAAAGAUGGAGAUUCUGAAUGGGCUAGAGCCAAUGAUUGUCCCGAUGAAUGUGAAGAAGGUUAUGAUAGUUUGAGAGAUGAAGUCUCAUCAGUUUCAUCCUAUAAUCCUACCAGAGAAAAUAUUGAUCUAGCAUUCAGGAAGUCCUUGUCCUUGCAGUCAGUCACGUCAAGGCUAUCUAACAAUGAGUUCCAUUCUCAUGUGUAAGCCAAUCAAGAUUUCCCUACAUAAUCGCCGCUCCAUGAAUUAUCAGUCUCUGAGGUCGUUGAUGAUGCUGGUAGCGGUAUAUUUCACGGGUUAAUUCAUCACUCUCAACAGGUACAGUGUCACCUCAAAAGAUGCUUGCACGAUCCCAAUCUUCCAUCAGCCAAAGUCAGUCAAGGAAGUUUCCUAAUUCUCCUAUUCCUACGGAAGACAAGGAGUCACCUCAUGCUACUGGAUCUCGUGAUGCAGCAUGCAUUUUCUACAGCAGAAGGCUUCAUUCGAGGCAGGUCAUAUAAUAUCAGGAUUGAUGAUCAAGUUCUGCUACGGUUCUCGCCAAAGAACUCGGACUCAACCUAUUAUUUUGGUGACAUGAUUGGUGGUACACUCACUUUUUUUCAUGGAGGAGUUAGGAGAUGCCUUGAGGUCUCAGUAACCUUGGAGACAUCAGAAACUAUUAACCAGAGAUUUGUACACCCUUCACGAAAGAGCUCCCUUAAGAUAAAAAAGGUUCAGAGCGAUCACCAUGAGGUAGUUGCUGACUUGGUGCAGUCAAGCUUCCUCUUCUCAAUUCCUGUAGAUGGACCAAUGACCUUCUCUACUCCAUAUAUUUCAGUACAAUGGUUCCUGAGAUUCGAGUUCUUCACCACACCCAAGUAUGUUGACUUGAAUAGGUAUGAGCAUCCUCUCCUCGUCGAGACAAGAGAGAAGGGUGAUUGGGUACUUCCUAUAAAUGUCUGCGCACCUCCUCUACGGACUCAACAUGCAAGAACUGAGAAGCCCUUGGCUUUUGGAAAUCUGUUUCGUUUUUAGCAGAUGGCUGCUCUAUCCACAAUAAAGGCUGAUCAAGCAGGCUACACUAUUUUGUCAUUUUUCCAUCGAUGAAGCUGGACUCAUCGUCAUUGAGCUUCUGUGAAAUGUGCAGACAUCGUAUUUGUUUGAGAUAUUGAUUUCAAGAAGAGUUUUUUUGGAAUUAUCCCUAAUGUGAUCCUCAUAACUUCUGCAUCUCAAGGAAACGCAUUGCUACCUACUUUUUCCCGCUGGUGCCAAGUUUAUUGUCUGUAUUCUCAUGCAUCUUCCCAAGUUGGUUAUGAAGAAAUAUAUUUUCCUGUA